CAUCUUUAUGUAUCGUUGCAGCCACAUUCUCGAGCUCAAAGUCUGAAACCUCUCCAACCGAUGGGUUCAAUAGACACACCGACGAUUGCAGAGAAUGGUACAACACAGUCUCACGCCGCAGCCGCCGCAGUGGCCGACGGUGACCAGAUGCAUUUGGCCUCCUCAAACGGUGCUCUGGCUCAGAUUACGCCGGAGUCUGAGGCAACGAAAAAGCGGAGGUCGAGUAUGCUUCCUCUAGAGGUGGGUACUCAGGUCAUGUGCCGCUGGAGAGACGGCAAGUAUCAUCCUGUCAAAGUCAUCGAACGCCGUAAAAUGCACUUCGGUGGGGCCAAUGAUUACGAAUACUACGUUCAUUACACUGAGUUUAAUAGGAGGCUUGAUGAAUGGGUGAAGCUUGAACAACUUGAUCUUGAUUCAGUCGAAACUGUUGUGGAUGAAAAGGUUGAAGACAAGGUAACAAGCUUGAAAAUGACGCGCCACCAGAAACGUAAGAUUGAUGAGACGCACGUGGAAGUUGGUCAUGAGGAGCUAGAUGCUGCUAGCUUGCGUGAACAUGAGGAAUUCACAAAGGUGAAAAAUAUAGCAACCAUAGAACUUGGAAGAUAUGAAAUUGAGACAUGGUACUUCUCCCCCUUUCCACCAGAAUAUAAUGAUUCAUUGAAGUUGUACUUUUGUGAGUUUUGCCUCAACUUCAUGAAGCGCAAAGAGCAACUUCAAAGGCAUAUGAGAAAGUGUGAUCUGAAGCAUCCCCCUGGGGACGAAAUAUAUCGAAGUGGUACGCUGUCAAUGUUUGAGGUUGAUGGCAAAAAGAACAAAGUUUAUGGGCAGAAUCUUUGUUAUUUGGCGAAGUUAUUCCUUGACCACAAGACCCUUUAUUAUGAUGUUGACCUGUUUUUGUUUUAUGUGUUGUGUGAAUGUGAUGAUCGAGGUUGCCAUAUGGUUGGAUACUUUUCCAAGGAAAAACAUUCAGAGGAAUCAUAUAAUUUGGCAUGUAUCCUAACCCUUCCCCCAUACCAAAGGAAAGGCUAUGGAAAGUUUUUAAUUGCCUUUUCAUAUGAACUUUCAAAGAAGGAAGGUAAAGUUGGCACACCUGAAAGACCACUUUCCGACCUAGGGCUGUUGAGCUACAGAGGGUAUUGGACGAGGGUUCUUUUAGACAUCUUGAAGAAGCAUAAAGGAAAUAUUUCCAUCAAGGAGCUCAGUGACAUGACGGCCAUAAAGGCCGAGGAUAUCUUGACCACUUUGCAGAGUCUAGAACUGAUUCAGUAUAGGAAAGGGCAGCAUGUUAUCUGUGCAGAUCCCAAGGUUUUAGAUCGUCAUCUAAAAGCUGCUGGCCGAGGUGGUCUUGAGGUUGAUGUUAGCAAAUUAAUCUGGACACCAUAUAAAGAACAGAGUUAAUGCUAAAUGUUAUUCGCAUAAGGAAGAGAUCCAAGUUAAUCUUGAAGAGUUUGUCUAAUUAGUUGCUGUUUACUAGGAAUUUGUAACUUUUUGUGUUUGUACAAAACGUAGGUUUUAGAAAUAUGAGGUUAGAAAUCAGAUUCUUAACGAGAGUCAAGAGCUUGUCGAAUCGUGGAACAUGUAUGUCUGUGACGAGGUAACCUGUAUAUGCUUUACAUCAUGAGAUACAACUUAAGUACUCGUUUCCUCAGAAGUGCGAGACCAGUUGUGUUUCUACACCUUCAUUUUGAGUUGUAUCUCACCCUUUUUUUUACUAUCGAGUGAUGUUAUUCUAAUCAUUUAUCACGUUCUCUUGCUUUUUAUAUCUCACUGAAAAAGUUACUCGUAUGGGUGUUUGUAGCUUUCACUUGGAUCUUUAUCCCCGAGUGUUUCUUACCUUUACUUAUUAAUAACAAAAUAUUAUUUAGAACUUAUAAAUCU